AGUCUGAUGAUUCUUAAAGGGAUAGACGGGCUGAACAGUGCGCGAGCCUCUAGCAACAAGGAUUGGUUUGCUAGUGUACUUUUUGCAACGAGUUAUUUGCAUUUCCUAACAUGUCGCGAGUUUUAAUAGUUGGCGCUGGACUUACGGGCAGUAUAUGUGCUUGUCUGCUGAGGAGGGAACUGCCAAACAAAGUUAAUAUAGUCGUGUGGGAUAAAUCCCGGGGUGCAGGGGGGCGAAUGUCCACAAGUCGAAGCCAAAGCAAUCCUUCAUGCACGGUUGAUCUUGGUGCUCAGUACAUAAGUGCCACACCAUACUAUGCUCGUAUUCACAGCAGUUUUUACGAAGAAUUAUUAGCGCAGGACAUUUUAAAACCUCUCGUUGCCCCUGUUGAAGGCAUGAUGUUAAAGGAUGAUGGAAUUGUGAACUAUGUGACGCCUAGCGGCGUCUCCUCCAUCGUCAAACACUAUCUCAAUAAGUCAGCAGGAGCAGAGGUGCUAUACAACCGACAAGUCACACACAUAUACCGGAAAGAUGCUGGCUGGGAAGUUUGUCCCAAUGAUGGAACGCCAGAGCAGUUUGACAUAGUAGUCCUUACUAUGCCAGUACCACAGAUACUUCAGCUGCAAGGAGACGUGGGAUCUUUGAUGGGGGAGAACCAGCUGAAGGAACUAAGGGCUGUCAGUUACUCUUCCCGCUACGCGCUUGGGCUCUUCUACAAAGCCGGCGCUCGGAUCGACGUCCCCUGGGCGGCCAAGUACGUCUCUGAUAAUCCCUGCAUUCGCUUCAUCGCCAUAGACGAUAAAAAACGCAAUUUAGCAUCAAAGGACUUUGGGCCUUCUGUGGUGGUCCACACCAGCGUUCCCUUUGGCCUCCAGCACCUAGAGGAGGGGAAAGAUGAAGUACAGACUAUCAUCCUGAAAGAGCUGGAGAAGGUGAUGCCAGGACUGCCUCAACCUGAGAGCAUCAAGUGUCAAAAGUGGCGAUAUUCACAGGUGACAAGAUCGGUGGUGGAUUGCCCCGGGCAAAUGACACUACUCUCCAAACCACUGCUGGUGUGUGGGGGGGAUGGCUUCAUGCACUCAAAUUUCGACGGUUGCAUCGAGUCCGCCCUGAAGGUCUUUGAGGUUCUAAAGUCUUCGCUUUGAAAGGGGGUUGGAAAAGAUCGCCUAUAUUUUGGGUUUUUGUUAUGGAUGCCAGCAUUGAUUUUAGAUUUGAGCCCCUGCACAGGAAGAUUGAUGUACUGCACAGGGCACGGUAAAGCUGUCUCGCCUGUGUCUGCAGACACGCAUUUUGUUACAAAAACCAAUUAUACCGUCUGUGCCGGAUGCUGAGGAUUAGAGGACAAAGAGAGCUGCUCAGACUGAUGUCUUAUACACGACCUACAGACGGCACAAUGCAGCAGUCUUCAACCUCAAGCUGAUAAAGUCUAGCUAAUAUUGUGUGUUGUCAAUGUGAUUUGACUCCUGUCAUCAUUAAAACAAUAAGAACAUGUUUAAAUGUCUCUUUAUAUGUGAAGUCGAGAUGUCCUGCUUAUACUGCACACUGUUAAAACUACAAAGUUAGAAAAAAUGGUCAAAAUAAAUACUCCAGCUUCCACUGGGGCAGUACUUUAAAAAAAAAAAUGUCAGAAUAUGUACCAUUAGGUACAGAUAUGUAUACAUUUGGUUCCAAAAUUUAUUUUGAACUACUAUUAGGAACUCUUCAGGUGCAAAGCUGUACUUUUUAAAAGAGUACCGCCUCAGUGACAGCUGUGGUACAUAUUUUGAUUAGAGAUACACUGUUAUUACAUUUUUCCUCCGAUAUGAUGACUGUUAUCUGAUGAUACUGAUGGCAAUACCAAAAGUUAGGUGGGGAUAUUAACUUGCAUUAACUCAAUUCUGAAGAUUUGUUCAUAUAAUGACCGUUAAUACUGAACAUUAAACUAUUGAUGUUUCUUUGCAUUUUCUAUACACAGAGCUCAAAUUCAUAACAUUUUCCUGUUCUCUUUUGAUUGACAGGAUAAAGCGGCCAUGACACUUGGCUGUUUUUAAACUAUCGGCCGAUUGUGUGAAAAAUAGCUUUUAUCGACCAAUUCCGAUUAUUGGUCGAUAUACUGGUGCAUCUCUGUUAAAUUCUGUAUGAUAUUGUAAGCAGUUAUUUUUUAUUAUUUAAUGCAAAAUCUGAAUACAAUUUUUGAAAGAGGUAAGAAAAAUGUAGUGUAACAUUUUUUUCUGUAAAAGCAUCAGAAGCUAAUUUUAAUAUCAAAGUAAAUUAAUAUUUUUUUAAAUGAGUUGAUAUUUUGGCCAGUAAAUAUUUAUUUUUAUACCACUAAACUGUUUAUGUGUACAAGGUAGUAAAGUUGCUUCAAAAUUGUAACUGUGAAAACCCAACUAAAGUCAUUUUUAUAUAUUUUAUGUAUAUUUUUAAUACAUAAUCGUCAUAC